AUGGCACCAAAGGAGUUGGCCGAAUUGAAUGAGCAACUUCGAGAGCUGUUGGAUAAGGGCAAGGAGGAUCAUGCGAAUCUCCUCAGAUUAGUACUGCAGAUAUUGAGGGAGCAUAAGUUGUAUGCUAAAUUGUCGAAGUGUGAAUUUUUGUUGAAUGAAGUAGCAUUCUUGGGGCAUGUUAUUUCUAGGGAUGAUGUUUCGGUCGACCCAUCAAAGGUGAGUGCUAUUGAAAAUUGGCCCCGACAAAAGAUGCAGACAGAGAUUAGGAGCUUCUUGGGGUUGUCCGAAUAUUAUCGGAGGUUUGUGCAAGACUUUGCAGGAUUGGGAAGACCAUUGACAUCCUUGUUGAAGAAAAAUGUCAAAGUGGUUUGCAAUGACUUGUGCGAGCAUACUUUUCAAAAAUUGAAAUGGAGGUUAUUGGUUGCACCAGUGUUGGCGUUGCCGAUAGAUAGAUGGAAGUUCGAUGUAUAUUAUUAUUCUUCAAGACGAGGAUUGAGGUGUGUGUUGAUGCAAGAUGGAAUGGUGAUCGCAUAUGCUUCGAGGCAGCUCAAACCGCAUCAAGAGAACAAUCCGACUCAUGACUUGGAAAUAGUAGCUGUAGUGUUUGCUCUCAAGAUAUAG